AUGACAGAAGCAUUUGAUAAAUCUCCUUUAAACACAGAUAUUGAACCAGUUGCACAAACAGGAAUAAUGGAAGCAAACGCUGCUGAAAGUGAUGCGCAAGCUGACGGAGUUCGAGUGUCGUCUAGCGCUUCUAGCUCUUCUUCAAAUCAUGAGAGUAAAGACACGGAAAAAUCAGGUUCACUUCACAAUCAUCACCACCACCAUCAUGCAAGAAAAUCGUAUCCUGAGAUAAACUCUGUACCUUUGGGCCUCGCCGCCUUUGCAUUGACCAACCUUGCGGUUUGCUUAUUUAUGGCACAGGUCCAUGGAAUCACUAUUCCCCAUGCCAUGCUUGGAUUGACUUGUUUUUAUGGUGGAGUUAUUCAGUUCCUUGCUGGGUGCUUUGUAUUUGUUACCGGUAACACUUUGGCUUUUACUGCAUUGAUAUCGUAUGCUGCAUUUUGGUUGAGUCUUUCUGCAAUAUUCAUUGAUAAUUUUGGUGUCCUCAGUGCAUAUGCCGAGACGGAUCAAUUCAAUGAUGCCUUGGGUUUUUACUUCCUUGGAUGGGCGUUGUUUAGUGCAGUUCUUUUCCCUACUACAUUGAAAUCAACAUUUUCGUUUUGCGGUUUCUUCGUCGCUGUUUUGUUGGAGUUUAUCUUGUUGGCUGCAGGCAUGUUUGUUAAUAAUCUUGUUGUUGUUCGUGUUGGUGCUGCUUUUGGUGUAGUGGCCUCUGUGCUUUCGUGGUAUGAAGCCUUCUCGGCCACUUCCGACCAAUACAACUCUUAUAUCCACCCAUAUCAAAUUGCUAUCCCUGUUAAAAAGACUGUUUGA